CCACCUUGGCGGUCGUUCGUUUCCAACACAGAAUGAAGCCAUCUCGUGGAUACCAUCUCAUCGCGUUGCUGCUGGCGAUCGUGAUUCCGAGAGAGAUUCGAGCACGUGAGGCCAUCACUCCCAGUCCAGAUGUGGGUCACAUCAUCAAAGAUCUCGAUGGAUUGCAUAUUGAUGGGACGAGAUUUGAUCCAGGUGCCCCCUGCAAGGUGGACGUGCAAAAGGAUCUGCCCCGGCCCGACCAGGUGCAGCCCCUUUACCUCCGUCCCGGCACGGAUCUUUACUGGCUGCCCAACAUCGACGGGCAGCUGGAAAUACCCCGCGGCGCCAGCAUCGAGCUGCACUGCAGCCAUUCCUUUACAUCCAUGGACACCAACCUGCGCUCGAUACGGGUGCAGUGUGUGCAGGACACCACCUUCGCGUGGACGGGGUCUAAAAUGAAAUUCCGCGAUUUCACCUGCUCCCAUGCCAUUCCCUACACCGUGGAGCGCCUGGACAGGCGUUGCGGGGAUGACGCCGCGGAGACACCGAAGCACCCCGCGGCUUUCUGGUAUCGCGUGGGCUACGACAUCGGAGACGGCAGAUUUGUGACCACCAUGGAGCUGUGCCACGACCCGGAUCUCUUGCGCACACACUACGCCCGCCACCAGCUUAUACCAGCCAGCGUGCACUUCCAGAGGAACGUGAAGCGUCUGAAAUUCAGUCCCGCCGGCCACUUCACCGGGUUGGACAUAGCCAGGAUUUACUCGCACCGAAACCAGGAGAAGGUGAUAGAUGCCGGCCUCAUAGACAUCAAGGCCGGGCUGUUUCUGGCCCGCGGACACCUGGCGGCCAAAGCGGACCUGAUCUAUGCCAGCCAGCAGAGGAGCAGCUUUAACUAUGUCAACGUGGCGCCCCAGUGGCAGACCUUCAACGGUGGACUCUGGGCCAAUCUGGAGGAGGCCACGCGGCGCUAUGUGGCCAGCUCCGGUAUCUCGGUCACCGUAUACACGGGCACCUAUGGCCAGAUGAAGGUGGCCGGCAGCCGGGUCCUUCAUAUGGCCACCGAUGCCAACAACAGCGGGGUGCUGGCCGUGCCCCAGCUCUUUUACCGCGUACUCAUCGACAACGGGCAACCGAGGCGCGGCAUUGCCCUGCUGGGUGUCAACAAUCCACACGCCACUCUCGCCCAGAUUCACGAGUCCUAUAUCAUCUGUGAUCCCGUCGAGGAGCAGGUGCCGUGGCUGGACUGGUUGCAUAAAGGCAACGCCAAGGGUAAGCUGAAGCAGGGCUAUCUCUAUGCCUGCUCCGUGCCGGACCUGGCCCAAGUUGUUCACCAGCUGCCACGCCCCCUGCUCCAGGUGGACGAACUGCUGGCAUAGAUGCGGGCUCCGGUUUCGGUUUCGGUUUCCGGUUUUCGGUUUCCGGUUCCGCUUACCGUUUGUGUUGCAACGAGUGCAAUAAAGACUGAGUGCUGGUGUGUCAUCGACUCCUUUUUUGUCGCAUACCACAUCUCUAUUCAAUAAAAUGGUUAUUAUAUCGAGG